AUGUCGUCUGAUCAAGGUGUUUCCUCUUCAACAAACAGCAAUAAUACUGGUUUUCAACCGAUACGUCAAAAUUUGGAUAAUAUAGCACAAGCAUUUGAAAGUCCAAUUCAAAUGUUUACUAUGAAACAACAAUUACCAAUGGCAUCACCAAUAACUGGUACAAUUUAUACAGGUCCGCCAGCAAAAUAUUUAAAUAAUAGCAAUAAUUAUAUGAGACCAAUGUUACCACCACAAAAAUAUGUUACAUAUAAUGGAUCAUCAAUGCAACAACGUCGACAAAAUAAUAAUGGAGUUGAUAAUGCAACGAAUGAUUCAGUCAAUAAAAGAAAAGUUUUUGUUGGUGGUCUUAGUCCAGAUACGAAGAUGGAACAUCUUCGUGAAUAUUUUUCAAAAUUUGGCAGUGUUGAAAGUGCAACUGUUAAAUAUGAUAAAUCAGGUCGUUCAAAAGGUUUUGGUUUUGUUCUUUUUGAAGAUCCUGAUACACCCAAUAAAGUUUAUUCUCAAGAUGUCCAUAUAAUUCAAGGCAAACGUGUUGAUACAAAAUCUGCACAUCGUCGUGAUCAAGCACUAGCUCGUAAAGUUUUUGUUGGUGGUUUAGAUACAGAAAUAACAGAUGCUGAAUUACGAGAAUAUUUUUCUCAAUUUGGAAUGAUUGCACAAAUCGAAGCACCAAUUGAUAAAAUAAAACAAAAACGUCGUCCAUUUUGUUUUAUACUUUUUGAAAAUGAACAAAGUGCUGAAGAAGUACUUAAACAACCUCGACAUACAUUAGCUGGUAAAUCUAUUGAUUGUAAACGUGCAAAUCCAAAAAAUUUAGAAAAUAAUCAACAAAAUACAACGAUGAUGCAACAACCAUUAACACAUUAUAAUAUGCCAAAUUUAAAUCAAAAUCUAUUUUCAUAUCAACCACAACAACGUUCACAACAACAAUUACAAUAUCAACAAGUUGCACUUGCUGCUCAACAACAACAUUAUCCAUAUUAUAAUCAACAAACAAGUCAACAAGGUCAAAAUCGUACACAAUCAAAUCGACAACAAUUACAAACAAAUAAUCAACCAUGGUCACCAAUAAGUCCUGCUCAAUGGCAAAAUCCAAACUAUGCCGAUCCUCGUUCGUAUAGUUCAUAUGCUCCUUCAUCAGCGUCUGCUUCAAAUGCAGCAUGGCAAGUCGGUCCUCACCCACAAGCUAAUUCAUACGGUCAAGGACGAUCACAAUCUGGUUGGAAUUAUAGUCAAGCCCAAGCUUCCCAAGGACCAACGAGUCAAUAUAAUUAUGGCACUGAUUCAUCAAGUGGUCCACCGAAUGCUUUUGCAUAUCAAGCACCAACUGGUUAUGAUCAUUUUUCGUCCGAUUCAGUCCCUGCACCCAAUUACAAUCGUUAA